UCUCCCCUCUUGUCUUAACCCCCUCCCUCCGCUUCCGCCACCACCUCUUCAUCCCCUUCUUCUCCUCCAUCGGCGCCCAUGCCACACGGAGCCCAGCGGGACCCCCACCGCGACCGCGAGCCUCAGCAGCAGUAGGGAUGGCUAAGCCGACGCCGGUGGCCGCGGCGGAGGAGGCGACGGCGCUGCGGCGCCGGCUGAGGCGGCUGGUGGCCGCGGUCGCCGCCGGGAGCGCCGAUGCGGAGGCCUUCGACGAGGCGGAGGAGGCGCUCGCGAAGCUCAGGGACUCCGAGAUUGGACACCGAAAGGACCGACCCGGCGCUGGCGGCGGCACGGCCGGAGGGAACAGGGGAGCGAACUCGGAGGCCGCGGUGCCGGAGCAGUUCCUGUGCCCGAUCUCCUCGGAAAUCAUGAGGGAUCCCGUCGUCCUCGCCUCCGGCCAGACAUAUGAUCGUCGCUUCAUCCAAGAAUGGUUGAGUGCUGGAAAUCGGACAUGUCCACAGACUCAGCAAGUCCUUUCAAAUACAAUAUUGAUCCCGAACCACCUUGUGAGAAGCAUGAUCUCACAGUGGUGCACAGAGAACGGGUUCACUCUGCCACCAGUUGAGAACCAAGAGGACAAUUUGGUUACCAACAAUGAGAGGAAGACAUUCCGUAAAAUAUUUGACAGGAUCUCGUCGUCAUCAAACCUAUCUGAGCAGAAGGAAGCUAUUAAAGAUCUCAGGUUUCUGACCAAGUGCAACAGCUCACUACGAGCAGUCAUUGGAGAGAAACCGGAUUCCAUCUCACAAAUGAUUUCUGUUCUAUCCAACCCAGAAUUAGAAAACAACGCAGAGGUUCUGGAGGAUAUGGUUACAACAAUUCUUAACCUUUCUAUUCAUGAAAGCAACAAGAAAAUCAUUGGAGAUGACCCAUUAGCAAUCCCGUUCCUCAUACGUGCCUUACAGUCAGGAACCAUGGAGGCCCGCGGCAAUGCUGCAGCUGCCAUCUUCAGCUUGUCAGCUCUUAACAGCAAUAAGGUGAAGAUUGGUGAAUUGGGCACAAUGAGACCUCUGGUGGAUCUCCUUGAACACGGCAGCAUGAUAGCGAAGAAAGAUGCUGCGUCAGCUAUCUUCAACCUAUGCAUGCUGCACGAGAACAAAUCAAGGGCUACCAAAAGCGGACUCAUCGAUGUGGCGUUGAAGGCCAUCAGUGACAAGUCGCUUAUCGACGAGUCCCUGGCCAUCGUCGCCCUGCUGUCGAGCGACCACGAGACGGUGGAGGAGAUCGGUGAGAUCGGCGGUGUGCCCUCCAUGCUCCGCGUCAUCAAGGAGGGCCAGUGCAAGCGCAACAAGGAGAACGCUGCGGCGGUCCUCUUCUCGAUCUGCAUGUACGACCGCACGAAGCUGCGGGAGGUCGCGGAGGACGAGAAUCUGAACGGCUCCCUGGCCUGGCUCGCACAGAACGGCACCUCGAGGGCGAGGCGGAAGGCCGCCGGGAUCCUCGACAAGAUGAAGAGGACCAUGCACAAUACGCAUUACUCCUGCUAGUGCCUGCCAUGUUUGUGUAAUUAGGAGAAAUAAUGGAGGGUGGUGCUUUUCUGUAUAUAUAGAUAUAUUCAGCUGCAUAUAUAGUUACACUUGGUUUAGUGCAUAUGUGAUUACAGUUUCAGUCUUGCA